AUGGCAGAUUUGGACGACGAUUUCGGAGACAUCUACACUGAAGUUGAUACCCAGGCCUCUUCAGCCAUCAAUGGCGUCUCCAACUUCACUCAGUUCUAUACUCAACCCGAAGAAGAAGAAGGAGAAGAUAGAAAUGAUAGUAAUAACGAUAAAAAGAACGGCGGCGAGGGUUUGGUCUCCGAUUCUAAGCAACUCAGUUCUGUGUCUGAGGAAUUGGGCGGUAAAGUUUCGGGUUCCGAAUCGAAUGAGGAGUACAGUGAUAGUGACAGUGAGGAUGAUCUCAAUAUAGUUUUGAAUGAUGAGGGCUGUAAAGGUAUUCCCUUUCCGAUUUCGGGUGGUGGGAGCAUGAGGAUUGAUGAUUGUGAUGAUGAGGAUGAUGAUGCUUUUGUGGCUAUCAAAGAUUCCAAGUAUGUAUGGACUCAAGGAUCGGCUUGUGCAAGCAAUGGAAGAGGCAAUGAAUCUGUGGAUUUGGUGUCUUCCAUGCCGUUCGGAGGAGACCACUCUCAGAUCAGUUGUGUUCGUGAUACACCUAAUCCAGUGGUGACUCGAAACAGAUUUGGUUUUCGACUUCCUUGGUAUAGGACAAUACUGGACGUGGAUAUUGAAUCGUUUGAGGAGAAGUCAUGGAGGUAUCCUGGAGUUGAUUUAACAGAUUACUUCAAUUUUGAUUUGAAUGAGGACAGCUGGAAAGAGUACUGUAAAUCCCUGCAACAACUUCGGCGGGUCAAAUCCAUGCAGUAUGGCACGCCUGGCUCUUCAAAAUUUUAUCAGGCUAAUGAAGCUGGAUCUGAGCAUGGCAUAUUCGCCCAGGAAAUUAUGUCUACAGGAGUGAAUUAUGCUGGAUCAUGGACAUAUGCUCCUCCAUCAUCAACAGUUUCUGAUUGCAGACCCAUAGGAAACACAAUUCAGAUAGAAGAUAGUAUUGUUGAACGCCAACCAUCUUUUGAUAGCAGGCAUCCACGUAGUUGGAAUUCUGAUGUUGUGAUACAGAUUUCUGUGCAGGAUCCCACCCAGGAAACCCCUAAUUCUAGCGCGGAACAUGGGCAUACAAAUAGCAGGGCCCAUGAGAAAUCUGAAAAUGGGGAGUUUGAUGCAAAUGGAAACCAAGAUUAUAUCUCAUAUGAUGAUGAUUCAUCAUUAGGAAGUCCAGAAGUAGACGUGAGAACAUUAGAUGGGUGUUCCCAGAAGAUCAGUGUGUCCCAUCCAAUGACGAUAGACUCUGAUGAUCACAGAAAUAACAAGGUCAUUGAUGUGGAUGGGAAUAGGCAUAAGGAGGUGAAUGGUAUCUCAUUGGAGGCUAUUGAACUUGCUAAUAAAGUGACAGAAAGUCCUGACAGGAAUACUUCCUCUGCUGAUCAAUACAUGAUGGAAACACAAUUAUCGCUGAGUGAUGAUGAUGAUGAAGUUAGUCUCAUUUCAUCAUGUUUUGAAUCUGAUUCUGAAGCUUCCAGGAACAGUGCUCAUUUUGAUCCAGAAGAUAUUCAUACUCCUGUAAGGUCUGUGGUGAAUUCACAAACUGAACCAAGCAAGUCUGCCACAUCUUCUUUUAAGAACUCAAAAGGCAAUUGCAUCAAGAGAAAAAGAGUUGAUAUCCAAGAUUAUUCUAUGUGUAGAAGUUCUUCUCAAAAGAAGCAUAAUCAUCAGGGUGGGAGGCUCAACAGUAUUGAUGGACCAAGUAAUCACAGAAACAAUGACAAUGAUAUGUCUCUCACCUCAGAUACUGAGGACCCAAAUGACUGGAAUGGCUCAGAGAAUCCUCGCGGACAGGAGGAGAGGCUGCGAGGUUCUGGUGAUAUUAAUAGAGCAGAUAUUUCAGAAUAUAAAGAACCAAAAUUUUCCUGCCAUUAUGGCAUUAGAAAUGCUGAUAACCAUGAUCAGAAUAAAAGAAAACAGAGAAAGUAUUCGAGUAGAAAAGGUAGUCACCAGCUCCAACGGAAACUAGAUCGAUAUGUGAAUAGAACUUUUAAUGAGAGGCAGAAUUGUUGUGAAGAUACGGAUACAGAUUGGAACCACUUUGGAAUUACUCGGUUCACUGAGGAGAGGAGUCCUCUUACCAGCAGGGAGUCCAGGGGGUUGCAUGCUAGUGGCAUGAAGACGAUUUUCUGGGAGAAAAAGCUGGGAGAUGCACAUCAUUCACUAGUCGAAAAAGGAAUAAUUUUGAUGAUUUUGAUGAAAGGAAGUUCCCACCAGUCAGGAGACAACUGA